AUGGACAAGCAACCUUUGCUUCCCGAUAAUACCACGGAACGGCGUUUUCGAAAUCCCAGCUUCAGACGUUGGACUUUCAUCUUGGUACUCUUGAUCAUUAUCGGGGCUGCCACACUACGGCACAAUUUAUUCUUGCCAGGGAAUAAUAGUGAGAGGUUAUCUGAAAGAUAUGAAGGUGAACUCAUAAGUUGGGAACCCUGUGUACCUUCCAAUGGAAUUACUACAGAGUGCAGCAAGGUCGAUGUUCCUAUGGACCAUUUCAACCAUGGUGCCUCCGGAAAUAGGACUUUCACAAUACCACUCAUCCGCAUGCGCGGCGCCAAUGCAACCAAAAACCUCAUCAUAAAUCCGGGCGGUCCUGGGAUGAGUGGUAUCGAAUAUCUUAAUGAUCAUGGGGAACAACUGAGGUCAAUAAUUGGCGAGGGAUUCCAUUUGCUCUCGUUCGAUCCUCGUGGUGUAAACAAAGCAACACCACUGGCUUCUUGUUAUCCAGAUGCUGCUGCUCGGGAACAUUUUUCUAGAGUCAGGUUCCGCAAUCUUGAGAUUGACAGCCCCGAGACGUACGCUUGGACGCAAAAUUUCGCCAAAGCAUGUUCAGACACCAUGGGGGAGCAGGCCAAGUAUAUCAAUACGCCCCAGACAGCAGCAGAUAUGAAUACAAUCUUAGCUGCAGUAGGCCAGGAAGACAUGUUUUAUUGGGGCUUCAGUUAUGGCAGCCUGCUGGGGCAGACCUACGCAGGAAUGUUUCCUGCGCGUUCCAAACGUGUCAUCAUUGAUGGUAUAGUUAAUCAAUUUAAGUGGUACAAUGGUACUUUCGAAAUGGAAUCACAAGUCGACACAAAUAGGGUGUUUUACGGUUUCCUGAACGAGUGUUUCAAGGCAGGCCCAGUGAAAUGCCCCUUGUCUUCAAUCGCCACGUCUGCAGAACAAUUGCAAUAUAUCGUGCUCUCUUCGAUGAAGAAGCUACGAGAACAGCCACUCAGCGUAUAUCUGAACCAGACGGCAUACGGCUUACUAAAAUAUGAAAACUUGUGGUACGAUGUUGUUCUGCCAGCACUUUAUUCUCCAUCCACAUGGUUUACGCUCGCAAGUCACUUGCACCAGAUUAUUUUGGGAAAUGCGACCGAUGUUUUUCUUGCUAGUGGUAAUAAGGAUGCUUGGGAUCUGGGGCAUGAAGGAAGUGAGUUUAUUAGGUUGAACGAUGGUCUAAGUGGCCCCGCAUAUUGGCCACAGGAUAGACAGUCGCUGCUCGAUUAUAUGAUCCCCUUGUUGAAUGGAAGCAUGUUUGGUGCCAUUCAUGGUAAAAUAUUCUUCAUGAGGCAACAGUGGAAUAUACCAAGAACCCAUCAUUAUAUGCCACAGAAGGGGGUUAAGACGGCACAUCCCUUGCUCAUUCUUUCAACUACAUACGAUCCUGUGUGCCCUCUCGUCUCCGCUCACCCAGCGCAGGAGGCGUUUGUGGGGUCGCGGAUUGUCCGGAUCAAUGGCUUUGGCCACUGCUCCACCUCAGUGAAUUCUUCGUGUGUUGCAAAGAUCUUACACAAUUUUCUGUAUGAUGGCAGUGUGCCGGAGACAUCCACUGAAUGUGAAGUGGACUCUUCGUACUUCUGA